UCCUCUUCCUCGUGGCUUCAGACAGCUCUUCAGAAAGCCAAACCCGGGGAAGAAGGGAAAAAAACAAAAACAAGUUUCAGAAAUAAUUUUUUUCCCCCCAAAAAGUCAUGGACCACAUGACAAAGCUCUUCACGGUCUUGGCUCUCUGUGUGGCUUUCCUGGCACACCAUACAACCGCACUAAACAAGAACGCUGGCAACAAGGACCUCAUCAACAGGGUCUGCAACCUCGUACCAGCCAACAAGCAAAUGUGCGUGGAAAUCCUUCACUCAGACCCUAUCAGAUCCCAAAAUGGUGACCUCAAGGACCUCGCAAUCAUAUCACUUCGGGUUGCGGCUAAAAACGCUUCCGGAAUCCUCACUGACGUGAAGAUGCUCAUCGAUGACCCCAACUUGGACCCAGAUGUUCAACAAGGUCUUGCUGAUUGCAAAGAAACCAUCUUGGACGCUGAGAGCCAGCUUGAGGACACCAUCGCUUCAUUGUUGGUGGAUUCCGAUGUUGAUGCUCAGACAUGGUUGAAGGCUGCAUUGGCUGCCAUCACCACCUGUGAUGAUUCUAUUCCAGGGAGUGACGAUGUUCUCUCUGUUAAGAGCUCUGUUUUCCGCAACCUCUGCAACAUUGUUGUCGCCAUCACCAAGGCCUUGCCUAAAAAUCGUUGAAAUCUAAUUAACCGUGUUGGUUUAUUUGAUUCACGGCUUUGUUGAUUUGUCAUGUGGAUAUUUAAUUAUCUGAAUCUUGAUGAUUGAAUGAUUUAAAUUACUUAUUAAAUUUAAAACUA